AUGGCAGCGCCGGCGAGCGACAGCGGCGGCGGCGAGCGGAGCCCAAGCACCAGCCCCGGGAGCUCGACAGGAGCCGGGGUCCCCGCGGCGGGAGCCCGGGACAGCGGGGACGCGGGAGCUCGGAGCGCCGCGGUGACGGUCCCCGGCCUCCCUCCGCUCGAGGACUACGAAUGCAAAAUCUGUUACAACUACUUCGACGCGGACCGGCGCGCGCCCAAGCUGCUGGCGUGCCUGCACACCUUCUGCCAGGAGUGCCUGAGCCAGCUGCAGCUCCGCGCCGCCGCCGCCGCCGCCGCCGCCGCCGCCGCCAGCGCCGCGCCUGAGCGCCCGCUGCGCCCGAACUGCAAGCGCGCCGCGCUCACCGCCGGCUGCGUGUGCGUCGUCUUCUCCUUCCUCUCCAUGGUGGUGCUGCUCUUCACCGGCCUCAUCUUCGUCAACCACUACGGCGGCGGCGGGGGACCUCCCGGCGGCGGGGCGCCCCCUGGCGCUGCCCCGGCAACUGGGUCGCCCUCGCCUUCGCCCGUGGGGCCCAUCUGCCUGUCGGUGGCCAGCAUCCUGGCGCUCUUCUCGGUCGUCGUCACUUGGGUCAUCUGCUGGCUCAAGUACCGGCCCGAGGGUGCGGCCGCGAGCUCCGCUGGGGGCGGCGGGGGUGGCCCGAGGGCGCGGGCGGCGGCCGGCGGCGGCACGCGGAGGAGCGACACGUAG